UGUUGCGCUCCUCCACACAUCCAGCCUGACUUUUCCUGCGUCAGGAAGCUGAUCUUUCUGUUGUAGCCUGGAUGGAUUUUAAAGAGUUUGGAGCUGACUCCUCGGAGGGAGGCGCGGAGGACCUGGACAGCGUCAAAGCUCUGACAGAGAAGCUGAAGCUGCAGACGCGCAGACCGUCCUACCUGGAGUGGCAGGAGAGGCUGCAGAGCCGCCCCUGGWCGGACGGAAACGCUGCAGACCCCGGAGGAGAAGCCGGCACCAUCCCGGCGGCUUCCAGAGCCGAGAACUCGGAGCUGGUGGUGCGCAACAUCUGUGGCUUUGACACCAUUGAUGAUGCUUUGGAGUUUCUGAGGAAAGAGCUGAGGGAGAUGCAGAUCCAGGACAACCGCCUGGCCCGUCAGCUGAUCCGCCUGCGCGGGGAGAUCCACCGGCUGAAGGUGGAGCAGGUGUGCCACCGCCACAAGGAGAUGCUGGACGACGCCACCUACGAGCUGGAGGAGUGCGGGGAGGAGCUGGACCUGCUGUGUGACAUCCCCAUGAAGGCGGCCUUCGCUCUGUCCACUCCUCUGAAACACCUGGGCCUCACCAAGAUGAACAUCAACUCCCGACGCUUCUCGCUGUGCUGAAUGUUUCCUCUUCGAGUGGCCGCGGGUCGGAGCGAGCCGUGGCUCUCUGUGACUCUCUGCCAUGAGGGGAAAUAAAAAACGAUAAAUGUGUUUUUGACAAGAGGAAGCUUCUGUUUGCACACCUGCAGAGACCCACGCCUUUAAACCCUUCAGAGCUUCCGAGUGGACUGAAUCUGAGCUGCUGUUUGCACUUCUUUGCACGCUGCGGAAAUAUUUUUAAGACUGAAAUAAAACAAAGGCCUGGCACUCCUUAAGGGUGCCAUCCACCACCGUUUGUGCCAGGUUUUAGAUUUAAAUGUUGAAAAGUUACUGAAGUAGGUCUAGCUGAGAUGUCAGAGUAUGGGUUACAAAAAAUGCUCAGCUACUACCACAUCAAAUGUUUUUGCUUGUCUGUCAAAUCGACUGAGUUGUAGCUGUUUUUGUGUCAAUUACCUGCAAACUGCGUUGACUUCAUAAGUAAACCAGCUGCAGCUGAACACCCAAUGCAUUCUUCCUGAAAGUUUCAUUGAAGGGCAUUAUGCAAAAUUGACUUUUUUUAGCUUUACGUCGUGUUAUAAUGUCA